AUGAUGGAGGCUAACCUUGAGGCGCUGGAGAAUACUUUGCAACAACUUGUAGAAAGGCGAGAUGAUCUGUUAAGAAGAGUUGUCAUAGAAGAAGAUAAAGGUUUGCAGCGGCUUGCUCAAGUUCAAGGAUGGAUUUCAAGGGUAGAAAGAAUUGAGUUCCAGGUCAGUGAUGUUUUUAAGGCUAAACCAACUGAAACUGGAAGAUUGUGUCUUUUUAGAUAUUGUUCUAAAAAGUGCAUACCAAGCUGCAAGUAUGGUAAAGUUGUAUCGAAGAAGUUGGAAGAAGUUAAAAUACUUCUAUCUGAAGAAGCUUUAAUUAAAGAGGUGGCGGGGAAAGCUCCUGUACCAAAGGUGGGGAAGAAACAUAUCCAAACCACAGUUGGUCUAGAGUCAAUGGUUGAAAAAGCAUGGAACAGCCUCAUGGACGUUGAACGAAGAAUUUUAGGUCUUUAUGGUAUGGGAGGAGUAGGGAAAACCACCCUCUUAGCCCGUAUUAACAACAAAUUCGUGGAUGAAUUUGAUGUUGUGAUAUGGGUUGUGGUCUCUAAAGAUCUGCAAAAUGAGGGCAUUCAGAAUCAGAUUCUUGGAAGAUUAGGUCUUGACGAGAAACGGAAAGGAGAAACAGAGAAAGCCUCUUCCAUAUACCAUAUCCUUAGCAAAAAGAAAUUUGUGUUGUUACUAGACGAUCUAUGGAGCGAGGUUGAUCUGAACAAGAUCGGAGUUCCACCUCCAACUCGAGAUAAUGGAUCGAAGAUAGUUUUCACGACUCGUUCUAAAGAAGUUUGCAGAGACAUGGGAGCUGACGAUGAGAUGAAGGUUGAUUGUUUGUCAUGGGAUGAAGCGUGGGAACUGUUUCGAAACACUGUUGGAGAAGCCACAUUGAAACGCCAUGAGGAAAUUGCAGAACUUGCAAGGGAAAUUGCUAAGAAAUGUUGUGGCUUGCCACUUGCACUCAAUGUUAUUGGCAGAGCCAUGGCAUAUAAAGAAGGUGUACACGAAUGGCGUUAUGCACUUGAAGUUCUCAACUUGUCUAGCCACAAAUUUAAGGGUAUGGACGAUAAGAUACUUCCAAUUCUGAAGUUUAGUUAUGAUGAUUUAAAGGAUCAAAACGUCAGAUCGUGCUUCCUAUAUUGUUCCUUGUUCCCGGAGGAUUAUGAAAUUGAGAAAGAGCGGUUGAUAGAAUAUUGGAUAGGCGAAGGAUUUAUAAAUGGAAACAGAGGUGAAGAUGGGAGUAACAACCAAGGUCAUGCUAUAAUUGGUUCGUUAGUUCGUGCGCAUCUAUUGAUGGAUGUUGACCGUGAUGCAUACUUAGCAGAGAAGGUGAAAAUGCAUGAUGUUUUACGCGAGAUGGCUCUUUGGAUAGGAAAAGAGGAAGAAACAGUUUGUGUCAAAUCUGGUGCGAAAUUACGCCAUAUUCCAAAUGACAUCAUAAACUGGAAAGUUGCGAGAAGGAUAUCGUUGAUGAGUAAUCAAAUUGAAGAGAUAUCUUGCUCUCCCAAGUGCCCCAACCUCUCGACGUUAUUUCUCGGUGAUAACAAGUUGAAGGUUAUUUCAGGUGAAUUCUUUCGGUUUAUGCCAGCCCUUGCCGUCUUGGAUCUUUCUCAAAUUAGAAGCAUUGGUGGGAUAGGAACAAGCUUACCAAAUCUUCAAGUGUUGAAACUAAUUGGUUCCUGUGUCUAUAUUGAUGCAGGAUUAAUGGAAGAGCUACAACUCUUAGAGCACUUGAAGAUUUUAACAGCGAACGUAAAUGAUGCUUUGAUUUUGGAAAGUAUCCAAAAAGUGGAGCGAUUGGCGAGCAGUCUUCGAGUUCUAUUCCUAGAUAAUAUCUCAGCAGAGGUUGUAGUAUUAAACACGGUAGCUCUGCGUGGUCUUCAAAGCCUUGUGAUUUGGUAUUGCAAAAUCUCAGAGAUAAAGACAGAAUGGGAAAGCAAAGAAAGAGAAGAGAUUCUCUGUACAAGUUCUCAAGGCUUCAAGCACCUCUCCGAUGUUCGUAUACGCCAUUCGGAAGGUCCAAAGGACUUGACGUGGCUGUUGUUCGCUCAGAAUCUCAGGUCACUAUUUGUGGAUAAUUCAAAAAGCAUAGAAGAGAUAAUAAAUAGGGAGAAAGGAAUGAGUAUUAGCAAUGUGCUUCCACAUCUGUCGGUUCCCUUUCGGAAGCUUGAACACCUUCGUCUAUUCAAAUUGGAUGAAUUAAGGAGCAUUUGCUCGAAUUCUCUGGUUCUUCCAAACCUGAGAGAAUUUAAAGUCUACUACUGUCCAAAGAGUAGGAUUAAGGAUUCGCAGUAGUAUAAGUUGGUUAUUUGGGGA